UAAGCAGUAUGGGAGGAGGAUACCAGACUAGUGAUAGUAAACGUACUACAUGUAAAGAAAGCAGUAGUAUUGCAAUGUCUAUGCGUAAUGUGAAGUGUGUUUGUAUAGGAGACGGAGCUGUCGGCAAAACAUGUCUUCUAAUGUCCUACUCGCAAGAUCGGUUCCCGACGGAGUACGUUCCUACUAUAUUUGAUAACUUUGCAGUGAAUCAGGAGGUGGACGGGAUUGGUCCAGUGUGCCUCAACCUCUGGGAUACUGCAGGUCAAGAGGAUUACGAUGAACUGAGGAGGUUGUCGUACCCUGAAAGUGAAGUUAUUCUCAUGUGUUUCUCUAUUAACUCUCCUACUAGUCUUGCUAACGUCAAACAUAAGUGGAGUGUCGAGGCGAAGGAUUACUGUCCGGAAGCUCCAGUGAUACUGAUUGGUCUACAAGCAGAUAGGAGGAAGGAUGACAACGCUAUGGAACUUCUCAAACAGUCAGACGGUUAUCAGACUCAGCGGGAGAUAGGAGCCUACAAGUACAUGGAAGUGUCUGCCCUUACAAUGGAGGGAGUAAAGGAACUGUUUCUAGAGGCUAUCAAAGUAGCAGUACACGGUCAGGGUACUGACAAGAAGAAGAGUUGUUGUACUCUCUUGUAGGUUACCAUGGUUACUAUCUUGUAGGUUACCAUGGUUACUGUCUUGUAGGUUACCAUGGUUACUGUCUUGUAGGUUACAGUUAGCUAUAGAGAGAAAUACGUAGUUUCAUUUUUAUAAUAAUAUAACACUGCUUUAUUUAGAUUAGAACGAUUUUUUUCCAUAAGUUUUCAAUGAUUUGAUAAAUUUAAAUUUAAUUGAACUUAAUAGAUUAUCCGUGUUUAUGUUUAUGUUUUGAAUUUGAAUUUAUGGAAAUUACAGUUAACAUUUUAUCCAUUUUUGCAUGCUUUUACUUUGAUUCAGAAUUCAGAUGUGAAAUUAGAUGCUUUUUAUUUUUCACGAAAUUGAAUUUUAGAUGUAGUUUUAACUAACAAUGGUCCAUCUUACUUUAAUGUAUACAUCUUACUUUAAUGUAUAGAUUUGUACAGAAAUUGAUAUUUUUAUUUCACGAUCACAUGUUUUCACAAGACGGAUUAAAAUUUUUCUCAGCGAUUGAUUAAAUCACAAUUUUAAAUUGUAAAUAUUAUGAUACACAUUUUGUUUCUCAAAUUUUACUUUAUCAGUACUAAAUAAC